AGGCUGAAGAACAAUGGCUUCCUUCAGCAACCUGACUAUUGGCAUUGCUGUUGCCAGUUUUACUGUAUUUCAGCUCCUGUUCCAUGUUUUAAGUUCUUGGGUGUCAACACGAAUAACACCUGGUUUUAACAAUCUCAGCCAAAAAAGGAAAAUCGAAUGGAAUUCAAGGACAGUGUCCACAUUCCACGCCUUGGUGGUUGGUGGGUUUUGCCUGUAUAUUUUGUUGUACGAUGAUGCUGUUAAUGCUGACCGUCUCUGGGGUGACCCUUCAAUUGUGAAACUGAAUAUCGCUAUUACCACAGGCUACCUCAUUUCUGAUUUGUUGCUUAUUAUUUACUACUGGAAGGCAAUUGGUGACAAAUUUUUUGUAAUGCAUCACUUGGCAGCUUUGUAUGCUUACUAUUUUGUACUGAGCAAAGGUCUGUUGGCUUAUUUUGGAAACUUCCGUCUGCUUGCAGAGUUCUCCACUCCUUUUGUCAAUCAGCGGUGGUUUUUUGAAGUACUGGGAUAUCCCAAAUCUUCGAAGGCUAACAUCAUCAAUGGUGUGCUGAUGACAGUUGUGUUCUUCGUGGUGAGGAUUGCCGUCAUGCCUAUAUAUUACAGCCAUGUAAUUUCUUCAUUUGGAACAGAGGCUUUCCAGAGAUUAGGAUUUGCAGCCCAGAGCGCCUGGAUUAUCUCAAGUGUUGUCUUGGAUGUUAUGAAUGUGAUGUGGAUGCUCAAAAUUGCAAAAGGAUGCUACAAAGUCAUUUCUCUUGUCGGACAGGAGGAAGCCAAAACUCAUAGAAAUGGAAAAUCUGACUAGAAGUCAUAUGCAUGAAAUGAAAUUUCUGCUGUGAAAAUAAUUUGGGUUCACUGAAACAGUGCACAUUUCUGCCAUGGAAUGCUCCUCUUAUGGAAACAAGGUAUUACC